AUUAGUUUUUGCUUGAGUCAUAAAUUAAGCUUUCCCAUUAACUUUCUCCUACAAUAGAGGGAAAUCAAAGCCACCCAUAAUGAUGAACUCUCACCAUAGACUUCUCGUUGAUCCACAUACUAUAAAAAUGACCCAAUUGACAAAAAAACCAAAUCUCACUUCUUCCAUUUACUCAUGCCUUUUUGAAAAAAAUUGAAUACCCAUUUGGUGUUUGAUUACUUGCUUUAAAAAUCUGAUUCCUCUUACUAUUUUCAAUUCUCUCACAUACCCAUUUCUUGUUUGAAACCAAAAGGCUUUGCAUCAUUGUAUGAUCAUUCAUAUAUAGUGGCACAACAAAAUCAAACCCCCAAGAAUCUCACUUUCACUGAGAAUUUCAAUUCUUGGGAAUCAGAAUUCUUCUCCUUUUCUUUUGGGUGAAAGUGAAAAGCUUUUCGCUCAAACGGUACCGUUUCUUGAAUCUUGAAUUACAAUUCUUUUCCUGGGGGGGUUUGAACUUUCAACGAAGUUUAUGAAAUUAGAAAAAUAGAAAAAGCAAGAAAGAUGACUCAGACUCGUUCAGAAACGAGUCAUGACCCGAUCAAAGCGUCCAAGCUCUUCGCUUUCCCCGAAAAACCGGCCGAUUUUUUCUACCUCUUAAUGCGUCUCGGCCUUUUAGUUUGUUUCGUAGCGUCGGUUUCGAUCGCGCUCCUUUCCGCCUUCUCGUCUCGGACUCGGUGGAUGCCUUUCCCGAAACACCUAAUCCGAAACGUUUCGGUUGUCAGCGAAACCGGAACCACCAACAUCUCCCACAUACUUUUCGGCCUCGCCGGCACGGUUCAGACGUGGAACAAGCGUAGCCGAUACAGCGAGAUCUGGUGGGACCCAAACGCAACACGCGGUUUCGUCUGGCUCGACCAGAAACCCACCUGGGAAAACUCUAGGCGGCCGGGAGUUUCGGUGCCGUACCGGGUUUCGGAGGACUGGACCCGGUUCAAAUUCUCAAGCUCGCAAUCGGCGGUUCGUAUCGCCCGAAUCGUUUCGGAGAGUUUCAGGCUCGGCUUGCCCAAUGUAAGAUGGUUUGUCAUGGGAGACGAUGAUACGGUGUUUUUCACUGAGAACUUAGUUUCGGUGUUAGCGAACUAUGAUCACAAUGAGAUGUACUAUAUUGGCGGGAACUCGGAGAGUGUGGAACAAGAUGUGAUGCACGCGUACGGUAUGGCUUUUGGCGGUGGCGGUUUCGCUAUCAGUUACGCACUCGCGGCUCAAUUGGUCAAACUAAUGGACGGCUGUCUCGAUAGGUACUUCAGAUUCUACGGCUCUGAUCAAAGGGUUUGGGCUUGUGCUGCAGAGCUCGGUGUCCCUCUCACCACACAACGUGGCUUUCACCAGUUUGAUAUCAGAGGGGACCCUUAUGGUAUUCUAGCAGCACAUCCAUUGGCACCACUUCUUUCUCUCCACCACCUUGACUACUUGAACCCUAUGUUCCCUAACCAGACCCAAAUGGAGUCAUUGAAGUUCCUCAUGCAAGCAUACCGGGUCGACCCGGGCCGGAUUCUACAACAAAGUUUUUGCUACAACAAAAGGAAUAAAUGGUCGAUAUCAAUUGCAUGGGGAUACACCAUUCAGCUCUACACAUCGUUGUUGACGGCUACCGAAUUGGCAUUGCCACUGCUGACCUUCAAAACAUGGAGGAGUUGGAGUAAUGGACCUUUCACAUUCAAUACCCGACCCGUGAGUGGUGACCCGUGUGCACAGCCUGUUACUUAUUUUUUGGAGAAAGUUGAGGAGGUGGGGAAGAGUGGGAGUCUCACUACGUAUAAGAGGGUUAUUGCGGCUAAGGAAGGGAAGAGUUGUGGUACACCAGAAUAUGCUCGUGCAAUGGGCGUGGAGAGAAUUGUAGUCUCCUCCAUGAAGAUGGAUCCAGAGAAUUGGAAGAAGGCACCACGUAGGCAGUGCUGUGAGAUUUUGGACAACGGAACCAAGUACAAGAAGAGUAGCAGUAUGGUAAUUAGGAUUAGGAAGUGCAGACCCAGGGAAACUAUUACUAUCUAGAUGUGGGAUUUUUAUACUUGGAGGUGAGUCCCCUUUUGUAAAUAUUAUGCAGAAUUUUCAAAUAAUUUAGUGAAAUUAAUACACACAAAAGAAAUAAGUAGAGCAGCUAAGUUAAGGUAAGUUAAUUAGUGGGACCCACCAUUUAUGUGAGAGGAAUGAGUACGUAUUUAUGGUACUCCAGGAGUGCACAAUAAUUUCCCCUUUUUUUGGGAUGAAAA